AAAGGUGAAGAUAAAGAACAGUGACCAAUCUCAUCGCUCAUAUAAGGCAUACGAAAUAAAGAGUGACAAGGAGGAGUAAGCAUCCCCUGUCGACCAGUCACACGACCCGUGAGCCCUAUAUCUUGAUCAGGUCGUUCCUGCUGUUCAUAGUAUUUAUAGGCUGUUGGAUAUUCAGCGCCACCAUAAUCAUUUGUUAGUUUCGUUUUAAAACAUUCUGAGUAGAGAGAUAUGAGAUCACCACGUUUAUGAUGUGACACUCAAAUAAUGGGGAUACCAUCAUUAAUGAUCCUUUGUGCAUCUUUAGUUUCGUUUUCUUUGACGCAGAAUUCAGAUGUACCUCGCCGGUGUGUGAUUAUACAGGACAAACAAAAGUUAUCCUUGCCACGAGUUGUUCCAAGUUUCCUGACAACGGAAGACAAAGGGACAUGUCGCACACCAGGUGCUCUCUUUACAGAUAGACAAGCUUUACGAUGUGGUAACACGGACGUCUUCAUCAAGCCUGAGUGUGUAUGUUCCUUUUAUAAUGUGCACGAGGCAAAAUAUCAUUCUCACACAGCUUGCCCAAGAGGACAAACUUCAGACGACGUAACAAAGUUAAGAUGUCCUGAUUGUAAAAGGUACAGCUUUGAUAACAAAGGACCAUGCACCAAUGGUGGAAAUUUGACCUGUAAAGGCGAUGAAGUGGCACCAAUGAUUACUUGUGAUUGCCCUAGUGGGUUUUCAGGCAUGUUUUGUGAAAAUGAGAUGAUAAAGGUGACAAGGAUUUGUGAUAGGACUGAAAGUUCGUCUCAUCCUAAUUUGAAUAAUUGUGACAUCACGAAAAAAGAAUGCCUUACUUACAGUGAAAACAAACGAUAUGUUUUCAAAUGUAACGAAACUUCAACAAAAGAGGAGAAACCGGGAAGUCUGCCUCUCUGCCGUGAAGUGGAAAUCAUACUGAGGAGAGUGACGACAACAACAGAGGCAAACAACCCCAGUGAUCAGAAUUCUGCAUCAACAAGGUUUACAUCAAGAGCUGAGACUGUUACUUCCUGUCCGAUAUUGAGUAUAUUAACCGGUCUAGUUUUGAAAAGUCUGCUGUAAAUCUUGGGGUAUUUAAAGUCACUUUGAACUUUUAUUCUGAUAAGGGAGAAAAAGAUAUGUAUGUAACGGAUUGACUGAAAAAAUUAACUUUAAAUCCAAUUUUCUACACGUUUUAGGAUAUUAUUUAAUUAGAAAUUAACUUUAAAAUCCAAUUUUCUACAUGUUUUAGGAUAUUAUUGAAUUAACAUUAAUACAAUACUACUACAUUGACUACAAAUGAAGUAUAUCUAUUUUGUAAACUGCUACAUGUAUAUGGGGAUUGUGUAUUCAUUAAAUAAUAUAUAAAACUAAUUAUUUCGACACCCUAUCAUGUAAAAUGCUAAUCCAAUGGCCAAUAUUAAGCACAGAUGCAUGAUGGGAAAGAUUUUUCAGACGGCUAAGUUCUACUGAAUAUCAAGAAUCACUCAGGUUUACGAAUCCGUUACAGACUCGUGAUUUCUAUAUUUUGCUCAUUUUCAAUUGUGCCAAACACAGAAGGUAAAAUUAUUGUCAUUCCUCAAUGGAAAUAGUUACUGGUAUUACCAUUCUAGAUCUGGGGAAUAUCAUGUCGUCAACUGAUCUCAGACUUCAAUGCAAACUCGCAUGUAAUUGUAAUUGUACAGAUAAUAAAAAUAGGAUAUCAGUACACGUUUAGAUUUAUAGCGAGCGCAGCGCUGGCUCGUACUGCGAACUCUAAUGACUAGAGCGCGGGAAAUAAUCCGAGCUAAAUCUCAACCUCUAAGAAGAAUUUUUAUUUGACGCCAAUCCCAGAAGUCCCUCGUACAAAAUGGCGCAUGGUUCGAUUCGUAAAAUAAUAAUAAUAAAAAAUCUUUGAAGUAUUACAAACCUUUCUUAUUUGAAAGGAAAGGAUGACAAUCAUAUUCUUUCCCCUUUCUUUUUCUUUUUAAAAUAUUGUCUAAAGAAAUGUAAACAGUCACGUCACAAUUACCAGGAUACGUCACAACACACUCGUUGCAUUUCCCGCUAAACUGGUUCCUACAUUGGCGAGAAGAGCAAGACAGUGAACCAGAUCAGUUUUCCUUGUUUUCAAUAUAAAUUUUUUGAAAAUGUAUUCACAUAUGCUGCGCUCGCCCCAACGGUCACACCGUAAUCAUAUUAGCGAACGAGCUCGCUCCAAUGAUUACGCAUAUGAGUCACGUGAUUUGCUCUUCAUCAGCUGAAAAAAGAUGAGUAUUACCCAUAAUGCUUCUGGAAAAAUGUCGCCGUCACUGCGGUAUACUUCAUGGACAAACCCGUAAUUAAAAUAAUUAGAUUGUUUAGAAAGUACCAUAAACGUUUUUAAAGUCCAGACAAGCUUUCUUAUAGCUUCAAACGUUUUGUUUUUGCUUGGUUUGAGAGAAGAAGGAAAAAAAACAUUGCAGCUAAUAUGACGUCACAUUAUAACUGUUUACAUCCACCGCGUUAUAUUUCCCGCGUUAAAUGAAGUCGAAGACGCGGAUAAAAUGUCUAUAAGUUGUGUUGCAAGAUGUUAAUGGGCUUCGCUCGUCUCAACGGUCACACCGUACAACAUAUUAGUAUUACGGUUAGAGGUAUGAUAAUUAAAAGAGACGACCCCCUCCCCCCCCCCUCCCCGAUCUUUCUCAAUAUUGUUACAUCAUGAUUCAACACAGCUCUGUGUAUUGAAUAUCCCCCUGCCGGUCGCGGUGGCUGAUUGGUUAUGUAGAGCCUUCGCUGCAGACCUGGGAGGUCAUGGGUUCGAGUCCCAUGUCACACGCGUAAGACAGUAUGUAGUGACGGAUCAUUUCAGUGGUAAAAAACCGAGGAACGGCGAGAGGAACAGUUGUGGGACUUUCGGACAAGACUAGAAACUGGAGUCCCGUGUCGCGGUACACCUUGGCCCUAUAAGUAAAUAGACGGGCCUGUGCACCAUGCACAGAUCAAACUUUGUAACCCUUCAUCUACAACCGGGGACGUCUCUUUAGGAAUUGUCAUACUGAGUGAAACAGACUUCUCAUAAGUUUCGUUAUGCCUUUCAUUUCUUAAUUCAUUUUUUCAUGAACUUGUUAUAUAUUUUAUGUUUUGUGUAAAAUAUGUUUUAUUGGGUAUCUUUUAUAACCUUCAAAAUAAAGAAUGUUUUCGAGUU